AUGGCAAAGCCCGGUGUGACAACAUGUGCAAAGAUAAGAGAAAGCACAAAGUUUUAUCCUUACUUCAAGGAUUGCAUCGGAGCAAUAGAUGGCACACAUAUAUUUGCAACGGUGCCAAAAUGUGAUGUGCCAAGCUAUCGUAAUCGUAAAGGAUUUGUGUCACAAAAUGUUCUUGCGACCUGCAAUUUUGAUCUAGAAUUCAUGUAUGUUCUUAGUGGGUGGGAAGGUUCAGCUCAUGAUUCAAAAAUAUUAAGUGAUGCUCUAACAAGAAGCACUUGCAGACUAGAAGUUCCAGAAGAAGAAGAAGAAGAAGAAGAAGAAAAUGGAGAAAUAGGCACUGAAGAUGUAUGUACUCUUGAAUCUCAACAACGAGAAUUUGCUAAUAACUGGAGAAACAUGAUAGCUUCCAAUAUGUGGACAGAUGCAGUACAAAAUGGAAGUCAAGGGUGAUGGUGAAACAGCUCAUUUUUAUUGAUAUUAUGGUUUUAUGUGUCGAUGUAGACAUAUACAUCUUGGUCGUUUAUUUGUGUUACGUUUGGUAUG